GAACUAUAUAGGUAAAGGCCUUAGGUAGUUGAUAUAGGCCGAGUGUUGGAGUUCCAAGUGUUGCAUGAAAUGUUACAGUCUAGCAGGGCUCUACUAUAUAAUAGCUUCAAGUUCCGGAUACGGAGUCUCUCAUCUUGCAGCAUACGACUGCAAGCUCCGACUUUGACGUCUUCAAGUUUGAAAAGUUAUGAACCUCCUAGCAUACGACCUGACUUAUUCACGAGUCAGAACAUACCGAAACAAAAUUAUCUUUUACUUGAUAAUGAAACAUACCCCAAUCCAUUAUUCAGCAUGUCCAAAGAAUCGAUCAGCGAGCUAUCCAAAGCCGAAUUCAACCAUUUGAUUCAAAUACCAUAUCGUGAUAUAUCUGAAACCCACCAGUUCUGUUUAAAUAUCAUUAGACUAAUUAACGAAAUAUUGAUGACCGACACCGCCAAAGCUGUAUAUAUAUAUAACUCCUUACAAGAUAACGACAUGAAACUUCUGAUCCGAGAUACUUUGGAACAUAUUUUAGAAAAAGAUCCAAUUAAGAGCUCAUUAUUUGCAUGGAUGAUUGAUCCUACUAGUAGGAAGUCAAGAGGAAUGUUCAUCAAAAAUGUUAUUCAUCUAUCUUCUCAAGAUAAGCCCAAAGAAGAGAGAUCUCUAAUGAUUUUAGCUUAUUUUACAAAAUUAUCGGAACUUAAUAUUGUCAAUACCUAUCCUUUUGUUUUAAAAUCAGUUUUUAUAAAUAUGGUGGAUAAUUUUUCAAAAGAUCAAUAUAGAGAUCUUUUUUCAUAUCUUGUACAUUUGAAUGUCCGCCCUAAUGACGAUGAUAGAUUAAACAAAAUAAGAGUUCACCUUCUAGAAGGAUCACUACUAGAUAAGUUUGUUGCAAUGACUGGGUGGGUGAACCCAAAAUGGCAUCAUAUCAAUAAGGUUGACUUCCCACCGACACAUAUGGAAAAAAUAAUUAAUUUCUUCACAAUAAAUGAAUUGAAAAUGAGUGCUACUCAUUAUAUAAAUUGUCUUGAUAUUCUGAAUUCCAAGAUGUUCACAGAGUUAUUGGUGGCAAAAUUUGAGUUGAAAUCAAGUACCAUUGUCAAACUAGGCUACCAAAUCGAACCCCGUAUAAUAAAAAGAGAAAUCCAAGCCAUAUAUGAUACUAUUUUAUUACAUGCUAUAAAGUUCAAGGGUGCUCUCAGUUUCAUAAAAGUUUUAAAGUAUUUUGUGGAAAAUGAUUUGGAUGUUACAGUCGAUACCUUAAUAAUGGUGAUGAAAAAUUUAAGAGAACAGAAAUAUUAUAAAGAAGCCUUGACUAUAGUAAACCAUUUCCAUCUUGAAAGUUUAAGCUCAUUGGAGAAACAAAAAUUGGCAGAAGAAAUUUUGUUAUUAAUUGAUGCUAAGUAUCCAAAUUCACCAAAGAUUUUACUCGGAUAUAUAGCCACCAUCUAUAAUAAUCCUGAACUGAAUGAUGUUUUGAGCAUCCUAAAUGAUUUAGGAUUAAUGGAUUUAGUCUAUCAGCAAAAGAUCAGUGAACCUUUUGAUUUUCUUCAAAAAGCCAAUGUGGAUCCAAAAUUAACUGGGUUGAAAUUAACCCCAGAAGUUUUUUGUAAAUUCUAUAGAGUGGUGCUUGAACUGUCUAAGCCUGAUCAUAACGAGUUGAAUGUUUUAUAUACAGCUUACAAAGAAGUGGCAAAGUCUCCACUGAACAAUGAAUUAUUCCAAGGCUUUAACAUGAAUGAUGAAAUAGUAAAAUACAUUAUAGAAUAUCUUCUUAAAAGCAAUCCUUCCUUACCAACAGUCGAACAAAAUUUAGUCACAAAUCCAGCCGCCUUCAAGUUCGCUGCUCAUAUAAUGGAUAAUUUCCACGAGGCUUUCCCAUCCAUUCCAAGGAAAAACAGAUCGAGGUAUCUAUAUGAUCUUUUAAUCAUGAGCAGUGUCCAUCAACAUCACGAUCUAGAUUUUGCAUCAAAAAUGAUCAGACAUUCCCGCAGAUUCGGCUUACCUUUUACAUAUCACCAAGUUUCGCCAUUUAUAAUUCACCAUUAUAAUCGCCGGGAACACCACGCUGCUAAAAGAUGGUAUGACGUUCUAGUCAAGUCGGGAGCUGACAUGAGAGCAAGAUCGUCCAAAGAAAUAUAUAAAAUAGCUCGUGAACUACAAUGGGAUGUUUACGGUUUUGCAUACCGUAAACUGUUGAUUCAUAAGAACCAUAAAGCCCGUGAGUUAUCAAAUGAGCUUCUACUUGACCCCAUGUCUCGCUUAGAAGACACCAAGGAUCCAGAAGAUAUGAUAACUGACGAAUUAAUCGAUACUGAUUAUCAAGAUACUAAUGUUGAGGAUCAAAUAUUGUCCUUACUCGACCAAUUGAGAAAACCAGUGGAAUCAGACACUGACUAGCAUCCAUGUAAAUAUCACCUCAUACACAUAUCCAAUUAAUCUCACUAGUAUAUACAACCUUAUAGCCAUUCAAAUACACUAUAGACAUACUUUCC